UCGGUCGCGCAGAGUUGGCUGUUGCUAUACAGUUGCUGGGAGGAGGCGACAAGUAGGGUAGCAGGGGCAAAGAUCAUGCAGGACAGCGAGAGGUUUCCUGGGCAGCAGAGGCCGCUGGGCUGGCGAUGAAAGAAGCAGGGCAGAUGCAAAAUCUGGAGAGCGAGGGGGCCGGACGGUCAGUCAGCACCCAGACUGGCAGCAUGACCGGUGAAAUACCAAGGCUUUCUAAAGUCAACCUUUUCACUCUGCUCAGUCUCUGGAUGGAGCUCUUCCCAUCAGUCAAAAGUCAAAGACAAAAGUCUCAGGAAAGGGAGGAAGGAAAGCAUGGACCCUUAGGAGAUAAUGAAGAGAUGGCCAGAGUAUCUACUGACAAAAAACAGGUGAAGAGAACUGGUCUUGUGGUGGUGAAAAACAUGAAAAUUGUUGGUCUCCACUGUUCAAGUGAAGAUUUACAUGCUGGGAAAAUCGCUCUGAUAAAACAUGGGUCAAGGUUGAAAAACUGUGAUCUUUAUUUUUCCAGAAAACCAUGUUCUGCUUGUUUGAAAAUGAUUGUAAAUGCUGGAGUUAACCGAAUUUCCUAUUGGCCUGCUGAUCCAGAAAUAAGCUUGCUUACUGAGGCUUCUAGUUCUGAAGAUGCAAAGUUAGAUGCCAAAGCAGUGGAAAGAUUGAAGUCAAACAGUCGGGCCCAUGUGUGUGUCUUACUUCAGCCUUUGGUGUGCUACAUGGUGCAGUUUGUAGAGGAGACCUCUUACAAAUGUGACUUUAUUCAAAAAAUUUCAAAAACAUUGCCGGACACUACCAUUGACUUUUAUUCUGAAUGUAAACAAGAAAGAAUAAAAGAAUAUGAAAUGAUAUUUUUGGUUUCCGGAGAAGAAAUGCAUAAGCAAAUACUGAUGACUAUAGGUUUGGAGAACCUGUGUGAAAAUCCGUACUUUAGCAAUCUAAGACAAAACAUGAAAGACCUUAUCCUACUUUUGGCCACAGUAGCUUCCAGUGUGCCCAACUUUAAACACUACGGAUUUUAUUGUAGCAAUACCGAACAGAUUAAUGAAAUUCACAAUCAGAGUUUGCCGCAAGAAAUUGCAAGGCACUGCAUGGUUCAGGCAAGGUUAUUGGCAUAUCGAACUGAGGAUCAUAAAACAGGAGUUGGAGCAGUCAUCUGGGCAGAAGGAAAAUCUAGAAAUUGUGAUGGAACAGGAGCAAUGUACUUCAUAGGAUGUGGUUAUAAUGCUUUUCCUGUUGGAUCUGAGUAUGCUGACUUCCCGCACAUGGACGACAAACAGAAAGACAGAGAAAUAAGGAAAUUCAGAUACAUUGUACACGCAGAACAGAAUGCCUUGACAUUUAGGUGUCAAGAGAUAAAACCAGAAGAAAGAAGUAUGAUUUUUGUGACAAAGUGCCCAUGUGAUGAAUGUGUACCUUUAAUUAAAGGUGCGGGCAUAAAACAAAUCUAUGCAGGGGAUGUAGAUGUUGGAAAAAAGAAGGCAGACAUCUCUUACAUGAGAUUUGGGGAACUUGAAGGUGUUAGCAAAUUUACAUGGCAAAUGAAUCCAUCAAGAACUUGUGUUCUUGAGCAAAAUGAGCCUGAAAGCAGAGAAAAUGGUGUGUUGGGACCCAUACCCCGGGAUGAAGAACAGCACCAAAACAAGAAGCUGCGUCUUGCAAACCACUAAGAAGUCUUGUGUAAACUAGGGUGAAGGCCUCAAGAAUUUUUAUUGCACUUUUAAAAUCCAGCCUUCUUAACUCAGAAAAUAAGAAUGGAUUUUGGAUAUAAUUGAAAAAAAUUUUUAAAGAAAGCUAAUUUAUUACUAGCAUAUGAAUGAUAUUAAUGAGAAUAUUUUUAUUUUAGAUUUGUGUGUUUUCCAGAGUAUAGUGGUGUGUUUUUUUAUUACACUGAAUGAGGUAUCAAUAAUUUAAUGAGACCCAGUUCAAUCGGCCAUACAGAUUGAUUUCUCCUUGUCUUAGCUUUACAUUAACCAAUUUGAAAGGGGCUGGUUUAUUGGAUCACACAUCUCAGCAAAGAAUUACAUACCUUUUCAGAAAUAUUAAUUUUUAAAAAUAAAUUUAUUUAAUUUAUUUAUUAUUUUUGGCUGCAUUCGGUCUUCGUUGCUGCACGCGGGAUCUCUCUAGUUGUGGCGAGCGGGGGCUACUUUUCGUUGCGGUGCGCGGGCUUCUCAUUGCGGUGGCUUCUCUUGUUGUGGAGCAGGGGCUCUAGGCACGCGGGCUUCGGUACUUGUGGCUCGCAGGCUUUAGAGCGAAGGCUCAGUAGUUGUGGCACACGGGCUUAGUUGCUCCGCGGCAUGUGGGAUCUUCCCCAACCAGGGCUUGAACCCAUGUCCCCUGCAUUGGCAGGCAGAUUCUUAACCACUGCACUACUAGGGAAGCCCAGAAAUAUUAAUUCUUUUGGAUUAUGAAGGUGUUAAUUAGUAAACUACUCCAGGAAAAUAAACGGCAACCUGGCCAUUUUUAAGUCAGUGUGUGGCUCACAAAAAGUUCCCAUUUAUACUCAAAGCUUUCUAAUAAUCAGAAUUUACUUAAUUAGGAUUGAGUCAUAAAAAUGAAGUUGGUGGACCUGGUCUCCAUUAUAAAAGUACAUUCCUAACAAGGUUAUUAAUUUUUCUUCAGUCUUUCGAUAUGUAGAAAUCACGAUCAUUUGUUGGACUAGGGUGUUUUUAUAUCACUGAUUUUGGGUACCAAAAGGAAGAGAAUAUAAUUCUGAGACAGUAUUACUAUUUGAUAUCACUGACUCUUUAAACCACUAACAACAAACUUCAAAUUUGGUUAUGAUGUUAACAGAGAAGAAAUAUUUUAGUCUGGAAUACUGAAACUAGCCUUUUUCAAGUUCCAUUCAUAAAUGCUGCCCAUUAUUCCCUCCAUAUAAUUAGCACAGAAUGUCUCAUGGCUUUGAAUGGAAAGCCUUAUAAAAACACUUGCAAACCUUAAGAAUACUGAAAGUCUUGAAAGUAAACGUUAUGGUCAGUUCAGUUAUUUUCCAAAUUGCUCUUCGUGAGUCCUCUCAUUUUUAUUUGCUGAGAAACUUUCAGAAAAUUAGCCCGAGUCAGAGGGAUUUGCAUGGCCUGUGGCCUGCAGGCCUGGGGUGUGACAUGCUGAGGAAUGACUGCCCUGGUUAUAUGUGGAGAAUCAGGUUCGCUUCUGCUGUGGCCCCCUUUCCAGGGCAUCACAUAUCAUCACAAGGCCUCCUAUCAGUUUCUCAGAAUUUUACACAGGACAGUCCACAUGUUGACCGAUGUCCCUGCUUGGACAGCAGUGUGCUUAGGUCCUCCGGGUGUUUAGUCAUCAUACCUGGCAGUUGAGAACUGCUGUAAACAUUUCACCACAGAUGUAGGACAUGGAAUAGAGAGGGAUGGGAGGAAAGAUGCCUUUAGAGGUAACUAAGGCUAAUUUGAAAACCAGUGGUUAAGCUA